CACCCCGCGGUUCAGUUCAGAGUGGUUCGGCCCAACUGGGGGCUGUCCGUGUCUGAGCCGAGCCGAGCCAGGCUGAGAGAGCGCCGCAGCUCCGAACCUCCAGGCUGGAUUUUUACCGCUCCGGUACCAGGAUCUGCCGGUCCGGACCAACCGAACCUCAGUCCGCCCAGACCGGAACCGCGCGGCUGCGGCAGAAAAAGAAAACGGCGGCCGAGGCGCGCGCCUCUUUGGAUUUAAAUAUCUGAUUGGACUUUUCUGCGCGUGCACAUCCAGUCAUGGAUCAGUGAAGCGGAUCUUCAUCGGACCUGCAGCAUCUCCUCCUCCUCUUCCUCUCUCGCUCCACCAUGCUCCCUUCCUCUCUCUCCUCUCCUCUUCCUCUCCUCCUGCUCCUCUUCCUCCUCCCAUCCCUCCUCUUCCUCCCAGCCCCGCCCUCCCCGCCGUCGGGCCGUGUCGAGUACCGGGCGCCCGACGCAUCCUUCACCCACCUGGCGGUGCACCGACGGACGGGCGAGGUUUUCGUGGGCGCAGUGAACCGGGUGGUGAAGCUGAGCUCCUCCCUGCUGGAACUGAAGAGUCAUGUGACCGGGCCGGUGGAGGACAACGCUCGCUGCUACCCGCCCCCCAGUGUCCGCGCCUGCGCCCACCGGCUGGAGAGCACGGACAAUGUGAACAAGCUGCUGCUGGUGGAUUAUACUGGGAGCAGACUGGUGGCCUGCGGCUCCAUCUGGCAGGGCGUCUGCCAGUUCCUGCGGCUCGACGACCUCUUCAAGCUGGGAGAGCCGCAUCACCGCAAGGAGCAUUACCUGUCCGGCGCCAAGGAGCCCGACGGCAUGGCAGGCGUGGUCGUCGGGGAAGAUGAUUGGAUGGAGGAGACCAGGAGGAAGAAGCCGGUGAAAGGCAGCAGCCGGCUGUUCAUUGGUGCCGCCAUUGAUGGGAAAUCAGAGUACUUUCCCACGCUGUCGAGCAGGAAGCUGGUGGCCGACGAGGAGAACAACGACAUGUUCUCGCUGGUCUACCAGGACGAAUUUGUGUCGUCGCAGAUCAAGAUUCCAUCGGACACGCUGUCCACCUACCCGGCCUUUGACAUCUACUACGUGUACGGCUUCUCCAGCCGGACCUACGUCUACUUCUUGACUCUGCAGCUGGACACCCAGCUGACCCAGAUGGAGGCCGGCGGGGAGAAGUUCUUCACCUCCAAGAUUGUGAGGAUGUGCUCCAAUGACACCGAGUUCUACUCGUACGUAGAGUUUCCUCUAGGCUGCACCAAGGACGGCGUGGAGUACCGGCUGGUCCAGGCCGCCUACAGGCAGAAGCCGGGCCGGCGGCUGGCCCAGGCGCUCGGCCUGGGCCCGGAUGACGACGUCCUGUUUGUGGUCUUCUCACAGGGUCAGAAGAACCGGUCCAACCCGCCCAGAGAGACGGUGCUGUGUCUGUUCACCCUGCAUGACAUCAACCUGGCCAUGAGGGAGCGCAUCAGCUCCUGUUACCGUGGAGAGGGACACCUUACGUUGCCAUGGUUACUCAACAAAGAGCUGCACUGCAUCCACACUCCAAAGCAGAUCGGUGAUGAUUUCUGCGGCCUGGUGCUGAACCAGCCGCUGGGAGGCCUGAGAGUGAUCGAGGGACAGCCGCUGUACGAGGACCGGACCGAGGGCAUGGGCGCUGUGGCCGCCUACACCUACGGAGACGACACCGUGGUGUUUGUGGGAACCCGAAGCGGACAGCUGAAGAAGAUCCGAGUGGAUGGCGUGCCGCCGCCGGCCCAGAAUGCCUUGCUGUAUGAGACGGUGGCAGUGGCGGAGGGCCAGCCCAUCCUGAGGGACAUGGUGUUCAGUCCGGACCACCACAGCAUCUACCUGCUGAGCCACCGACAGGUGACCAGGCUGCCGGUGGAGAGCUGCCAGCAGUACAGCAGCUGCUCUGACUGUCUGGGAUCAGGAGACCCGCACUGUGGCUGGUGCGUCCUCUUCAACAAGUGUUCCAGGAAGGAGUCAUGUGACCGGUGGGAGGAGCCUCAGCACUUCAACACCCGUCUGGACCAAUGCGUGUUCAUCUCGGUUUCCCCUAGCAACAUGUCCGUCACCUCUCCUCCCACUCAGCUGACCAUCAGGGUGCAGAAUGUCCCUGAGCUUUCAGGCGGGGUCACCUGUGUGUUUGAAGACCUGACGGAAACACCUGGACAGGUGCAGGCAGAAGGUCAGGUGGUGUGCAUGUCGCCAUCGCUCGAGGAGCUGCCGGCACAAGCUCCUCCCUAUGGUGAGAAGCGUGCGGUCCAGCUCAGCCUGCGCUCCACGGAGACGGGUCUCCGGUUCAUCUCCACCAGCGUGGUUUACUACAACUGCUCCGUGCUCAGCUCGUGUACUUCCUGUGUCAGCAGCAGCUUUCCCUGCCUCUGGUGUAAAUUUCGCCACAUCUGCACUAACAACCUGAAGGACUGCUCCUUCCAGGAGGGCCGGGUCAGCAGCAUGGAGGGCUGUCCCCAGAUCCUCCCCACUGCCGACAUCCUGGUUCCGGCUGGGAUGGUGCGUCCGAUCACGCUACGGGCCCGGAACCUGCCGCAGCCGCAGUCGGGUCAGAAGAACUACGAGUGCGUGUUCAGCAUCCAGGGCAAGGUGCAGCGCAUCCCCGCCGUGCGCUUCAACUCCUCCUGCAUCCAGUGCCAGAACACCUCGUACUGGUACGAAGGAGAUGAGGCCGGAGACCUCCAAGUGGACUUCUCCAUCGUCUGGGACGAAAACUUCCUGAUUGACAAGCCCACCUUCAUGAAAGCUUUGCUGUAUAAGUGUGAAGCGCAGCGCUCCAGCUGUGGUCAGUGCCUCAAAGCGCCCCCUGUGUUCGAAUGCGGGUGGUGUGUGGAGAGCAGGAAGUGCCUCCUGCGGCAGCACUGCCCGUCGCCGGAGCAGAACUGGAUGCACCACGGCGGCCACAACCUGCGCUGCAGCCACCCGCGCAUCUCCAAGAUCGACCCGCUGACUGGACCCCGCGAGGGUGGCACCCGCGUCGCCAUUGAGGGCGAGAACCUGGGUCUGCAGGUCAAGGAGAUCACGCACAUCCAGGUGGCCGGCGUCCGCUGCAACCCGGUGCCGUCGCUGUACGUCAGCGCCGAGAGGAUCGUGUGCGACAUGGCCGAAGCCCUGCUGCCUCACUCGCCCGGCGGGCCAGUAGAGCUCUGCAUCGGCGUGUGCAGCGCCGAGUACCGGACCCUGUCCACCCAGACCUACUCCUUUGUGAGCCCAAGCUUCACCCGGAUCCGCCCCCUGAUGGGACCUGUCUCCGGAGGAACCCGGCUGACAGUGGUCGGCCGAUACCUGGACUCCGGCAGCGGCGUCUCCGUGUUUGUCCACACAGAGGAGUGUCUGUUUGUGAAGCGCACCAAUCGAGAGAUAGUCUGCAUAACACCCGCGUCGCCGUCUGGCGCCGGCGCUGCCCCCGUGCGUUUGAUGAUCGACCGGGCGGAGGUGACCAACGCUGAGGUCAGCUACAGCUACAUCGAGGACCCAACUGUCUCUGGCAUCGAGCCCAACUGGACCAUCCUCAAACCAUCCAGGGUCAGGGCCGUGCGGGGCCAGCGGCGUAAGGACGCAGCUGGAGCUCACCUCCUCUUCGUUCUUCUCCUGUCUGCAUGCAGUACUGCAGGUCUGCGACAGCACCAGACCUGCCUGGCUCGGCCUGGAAAGCCGAUGGUGUCGUCUCUGCUGGUCCUGAACUCCACCCCUUUCACACACUACCCUAACCCAACCUUUGACCGCUUCAUUGCCAUCCUGGAGAGUCAAGCGAUACGGUCGUCGCAGAGGGUCCGGAGAUGCGUGGGCUUGCGCGAAGACACCGGUCAUGGUGGGGGCCAAGAACAUAUACCGGGAGCGGUCCCAGUGAUCCAGGUGGGUGGUCUGGAGUACUUCCCGGGGAUUCUCCACAUUUACUCCGACAACACGCUGACACUGCCUGCCAUCAUCGGCAUCGGAGCGGGCGGCGGUGUUCUGCUCAUCGCCAUCAUCGCCGUGCUCAUCGCCUACAAGAGGAAGACCCGAGACGCCGACCGGACGCUGAAGCGCCUGCAGCUGCAGAUGGACAACUUGGAGAGCCGGGUGGCGCUAGAGUGCAAAGAGGCCUUUGCCGAGCUGCAAACCGACAUCCAGGAGCUGACCAAUGACAUGGACGGAGUCAAGAUCCCCUUCCUGGAGUAUCGGACCUACACCAUGAGGGUCAUGUUUCCUGGCAUAGAGGAGCAUCCGGUGCUCAAGGAGCUCGACUCUCCUGCCAACGUGGAGAAAGCUCUGCGUCUCUUCAGCCAGCUGCUCAACAACAAGAUGUUCCUGCUCAGCUUCAUCCACACGCUGGAGGCCCAGAGGUCCUUCUCCAUGCGGGACCGAGGGAACGUCGCCUCCCUGCUGAUGGCCGCUCUGCAGGGACGGAUGGAGUACGCCACGGUGGUGCUGAAGCAGCUGCUGGCGGAUCUGAUAGAGAAGAACCUGGAAAACCGGAACCACCCUAAGCUGCUCCUCAGGAGAACAGAGUCUGUUGCUGAGAAGAUGCUGACCAACUGGUUCACCUUCCUGCUGCAUCGCUUCCUGAAGGAGUGCGCCGGGGAGCCGCUCUUCAUGCUCUACUGCGCCAUCAAGCAGCAGAUGGAGAAAGGGCCGAUCGACGCCAUCACUGGAGAGGCACGCUAUUCUCUGAGCGAAGACAAGCUGAUCCGGCAGCAGAUUGACUACAAGCAGCUGACUCUGAUGUGCAUCCCUCCGGAGGGCGAAGCUGGAACCGAGGUACCGGUGAAGGUUCUGAACUGCGACACGGUGACCCAGGUCAAAGACAAGCUGCUGGAUGCCGUCUAUAAAGGAAUUCCGUUUUCCCAGCGGCCGCAGGCCGAUGACAUGGACCUCGAGUGGCGGCAGGGCCGGCUGACCCGGAUCAUCCUACAGGAUGAAGAUGUGACGACCAAGAUAGAGAGUGACUGGAAAAGGCUGAACACAUUGGCUCACUACCAGGUAACAGACGGCUCGCUGGUGGCGCUGGUCCAGAAGCAGGUUUCUGCCUACAACAUCGCCAACUCCUUCACCUUCACCAGAUCCCUCAGCAGAUACGAGUCCUUACUGCGGACGUCCAGCAGUCCCGACAGCCUGAGAUCCAGAGCUCCAAUGAUCACCCCAGACCAGGAGACAGGAACUAAACUUUGGCACCUGGUGAAGAACCACGAGCACAGCGACCAGAGAGAAGGAGACCGGGGCAGCAAGAUGGUCUCUGAGAUCUACCUGACCAGACUGCUGGCCACCAAGGGGACGCUGCAGAAGUUUGUGGAUGACCUUUUUGAGACUGUGUUCAGCACGGCCCAUCGUGGCUCUGCACUACCGCUGGCAAUUAAAUACAUGUUCGACUUUUUGGACGAGCAGGCCGACAAACGGUCAAUCACCGACCCAGAUGUCAGACACACCUGGAAGAGCAACUGUCUUCCUCUCAGGUUCUGGGUCAACGUCAUUAAGAAUCCACAGUUUGUCUUCGACAUCCAUAAGAGCAGCAUCACAGACGCCUGCCUAUCGGUGGUGGCGCAGACCUUCAUGGACUCGUGCUCGACGUCCGAACAUCGGCUCGGCAAAGACUCGCCGUCCAACAAGCUGCUCUAUGCUAAAGACAUCCCCAACUACAAAAGCUGGGUGGAGAGGUACUACAGGGACAUCUCCAAGAUGCCCAGCAUCAGCGAUCAGGACAUGGAUGCCUACUUGGUGGAGCAGUCCCGUCUCCAUGGCAACGAGUUCAACACACUGAGCGCGCUCAAUGAACUCUACUUCUACAUCAACAAGUACAAGGAAGAGAUCCUGACGGCGUUGGACCGGGACGGUUACUGUCGGAAACACAAGCUGAGACACAAACUGGACCAAACCAUCAACCUGAUGUCCGGCAGCAGCUGAGAGCCGGACCGAUGAGGGGGCGGGGCUUGGGCAGGAUGAGGUUCUGCUGAACAGCCGGACUGGACCGAAUCACCAGCAGUCGAUCUGUCAAUUGAUUUAUUGGUCAGAUGGAUUGAUUGAACCCAGAACCCAGCGGAGCAGAACCUUUCCUGAGACUCAUGGAGCCAACCGUACCUCAACAGGUUCUACAGCAGGACCAGGGCGGUUUGGAUCAGAACCGUUACAGACUGAGCUCAGAAUGUAAAGUCAAAAGUAACAGAAGUCCGUCCCGGCCCUCCAGAUCAGAACCGAGGUUCAUCUGGACCUCACAGCAACCCGGUUCUGAUCAGAACGAGUAUCUGAUUCUGGACAGUUUGAAGCUUUAAUGAAGGAGGCAGAGCCAAAACGAACGUCAGGUGUUGGUUCUGUUGCGGUUCUGUGAACAGUCAGCGCAGCACACUGAGCCCGAUCUGUUCGGACCCGACACUUCCCGGCCCUGCCCCUAGCCCCGCCCCCAGCUCCUCUUUGGUCAGUCCGCUGGCCAGGAGGACGCACUGCCUGACCAACCAGACUGUGGAUAGAACCUCUGAAUACAUUCCAGCACAGUGACGCCGUCCGGAUCAAAACCAGAACCAACUGGGAUCUGGACCUGAUCCAGACUGGACAUACAGCCACGCUAACGGCGCCGAUGGGGAAAUACUGUGCAGAGCUACAAACCUAGUGCCAUGUAAAGACCGGACCAGAACUCCCUCAGGACUGGACCGGACUUGGACCAAAUCCGGUCCAGAGCCAAGAGAGUGGAACUGAACCGGGUCGGACUCCUAGAACUUUUAAGACUCGUGGCCAUAAUUGUAAAGAAAAAAUGAAGCUCAAAGGAUAAAAUCUAAAAAAUGUUCAAAUGUAACCAGAACUUUUUGGACUUUACCAACCAUAACUUGUA